CCAAUCAGUAAUUGUUUUUCCCUUCCUCAAAUAAAAAAGAAAAGGAAAAAAGAAAAGAAAAGAAAAGUUUUUCCCCUUCCAAUAAUGGGCAGAAACCCACUGACUGCAGAACUCCAAUCUCCAUUAACUCCCAAGCAAAACAUAAUAUAAUAAAGAUGAAGCUCUCAAUCAGGCUUCAAGAUGAGAACAACUGCAAUUCAAACCCUCUCCUGAAAGCCAAACUACCAAUUUCAAUACUCAAUCAGCCUUUCACUUCUACCUUCACUGCUGCUACAAACUCCUUCUCAGACCUUUCCUUCUCUCUCUCCACUAAUUUUCUUUCUGGUCCUUCCCUCAAACUUACCUUCGCUCCUCCAUCAACCAAUACCGCCACUACUAUCACUCCCUCUUCUCCAUUCUCUCUGUCUCUCAGAUCAGGCUUAGGCCUUUUUGGGUCUCCUCAAAACUCACCUUUAGUUUUCUCUGCUAAUUUCUCUCUCUCUAACGCAAGUCCCAGUGUCGUCAUCCCUACAUUCUCUCUUCACUUUAAGCCUCAACUUGGCCAUUUCUCCCUUCACAAAAGAACUUCCCCCUCUUCAAACCCUAACCCUCGUACCCAUUUCGUCACUGGGUUCAAUUUGGAUUCUGGGUCACCUUCAAAGUCUGAGUUUGGAAAUAGGUUUGCCCCAGACGGACCAUUGGGUUGGCAGGAAGUAAAAUUGGAGCCAUUUACUGGUAAAGAGAAGCAAGGGUUUGCAACUGCUAACCCUAGUGAUACUAAUGAAGUUUAUUCUCAUAAUAGUGGAAUCGAAAUUUUUCCAGAGAGGCAAUUGGUAUGGGGAGAUAGAAAGAAAAGUGUUUUGGGAGCAGUUGCUGUUAAGGCAAGGACAGUGUUGCCAUUAAGCAAAAGGUUACAGGUGAAUUUAAGGUGGGGUGUGAAUUUGCCAGGUAAUUUGGGUAUAAAGAUGCCUUAUUUGACUGUGAAUAAGAUUGGUAUAGAAAGAAUUGAGGAGGUGAAAGAAAUAAAAGAAAAGAGCAAUGAGAAUAAUUCGGGCGAUUUGGAGUUGUUGAAGGGAAUGUGCUUUUGGAUGAGAAGAGAUUUGGAGAUAAUAGAGAAGGAUAAUAGGGAUAUGAAGCAGUGUCUGGAGGAUAUGAAAUUAGGAGUUUCCGUCAGGAAUCUGCAUGGGAAUAGUACUGGUGUUGGGAAGAACGUGGUGCCGGCUUCCAGUUAUAAAUUGGAGGAUUUUGAGCACCGGUGGAACAAAAAGAAUGAUGGAGGAAAUGGGCAAACAGAAUGGAAGAAGCCUGCAAAUCUAGUAACUGAUUUGGAAAGCGAGUUGCAAAGGGCUAUCAAAGCCGCUGCUUCUUGAAAAGCACAUGUCAGUAUCGGUAUGCUAGAAAGUAAAGGGUAACCAUGGCGUGAAGUAGGAAGGAAAUCCUAGUUUUGCCAUAUCUGCUCCAUCCUUUGCUUAAGGGUAGUCACAUGCUGCAGAGACAGUAUUACGAAAGAUAAACUGGAGUCAGGUUUUCCCUAAAUCCAGAGAAUAAAAAUUCUUUUUGCAAGUCGGAGGUCAUGUUUGGCUGUUGCAGGGGCUUACAAGUCGCACAAAAACAAACUAUAUCGAGUCUUCAAAUGUCUUGUGUUGAUUGAGCUGCCAUAGACAGGUUCUUAAUUUUAUCUAGUUUGUGCAGGUCAAUCCAACAAUUAGAUUUUCUCUUAGAAUAGCUGUAAAUAUCUGCAUAUAGCAGUUUCGCCACCUUGCUACAUCUAGUAGUGAAGACAACAUUAAUAUGAUAUGUAAUUUAAGCGCCAUUUUUGUUU